GUGGGGGGGGUGGGGGGUUGGCUCCGCGGUGUGCGACUGUGUGGGGCAGCCUGGGGCAGCCCCGGAGCGGCUGACCCUCUGCCUGUGGGGACGGGAGUCGCGAAGCGGCCGCCAUGGCGGGGUCGGAGAGCCAGCUCAAGAAAAUGGUGUCCAAGUACAAAUACAGAGACCUAACUGUACGUGAAACUGUCAGUGUUAUUACUUUAUACAAAGAUCUCAAACCUGUAUUGGAUUCAUAUGUUUUUAAUGAUGGCAGUUCCAGGGAACUAAUGAACCUCACUGGAACGAUUCCUGUGCCUUAUAGAGGUACUACAUAUAAUAUUCCAAUAUGCCUGUGGCUGCUGGACACAUACCCAUAUAAUCCCCCUAUCUGUUUUGUUAAGCCUACUAGUUCAAUGACUAUUAAAACAGGAAAGCAUGUGGAUGCUAACGGGAAGAUAUAUCUUCCUUAUCUACAUGAAUGGAAACACCCACAGUCAGACUUGUUGGGGCUUAUUCAAGUUAUGAUUGUGGUGUUUGGAGAAGAACCUCCAGUCUUUUCUCGUGCUACUAUUUCAGCAUCCUAUCCACCAUACCAGGCAACAGGGCCACCAAACACUUCCUACAUGCCAGGCAUGCCAAGUGGAAUUUCUGCAUACCCAUCCGGAUACCCUCCCAAUCCCAGUGGUUACCCAGGCUGUCCUUACCCACCUGGCAGUCAGUAUCCUGCCACCACAAGUUCCCAGUACCCUUCCCAGCCUCCUGUGACCACUGUUGGUCCCAGUAGGGAUGGCACAAUCAGCGAGGACACUAUCCGAGCCUCUCUCAUCUCAGCAGUCAGUGACAAACUGAGAUGGCGGAUGAAGGAGGAAAUGGAUCGUGCCCAGGCAGAGCUCAAUGCCUUGAAACGAACAGAGGAAGACCUGAAAAAAGGUCACCAGAAACUGGAAGAGAUGGUUACCCGUUUAGAUCAAGAAGUAGCUGAGGUUGAUAAAAACAUAGAACUUUUGAGAAAGAAGGAUGAAGAACUCAGUUCUGCUCUGGAGAAAAUGGAAAAUCAAUCUGAAAACAAUGAUAUUGAUGAAGUUAUCAUUCCCACAGCCCCACUAUACAAACAGAUCCUAAAUCUGUAUGCAGAGGAAAAUGCUAUUGAAGACACUAUCUUUUACCUGGGAGAAGCCUUGAGGCGGGGAGUAAUAGACCUGGACGUCUUCCUGAAGCAUGUACGUCUUCUGUCCCGUAAACAGUUCCAGCUGAGGGCACUAAUGCAGAAAGCAAGAAAGACUGCCGGUCUCAGUGACCUCUACUGACUCCUCUGAUACCAGCUGGAGAUUGAGCUCUUCUAAAGUAUUCUUUUCUUCUCUUCCUUUCUCUUAUAUCAGUAGGUGCCCAGAAUAAGUUAUUGCAGUUUAUCAUUCAAGUGUAAAAUAUUUUGAAUCAAUAAUAUAUUUUCUGUUUUCUUUUGGUAAAGACUGGCUUUUAUUAAUGCACUUUCUAUCCUCUGUAAACUCUUUUUGUGCUGAAUGUUGGGACUGACUAUGCUAAAUAAAAUUUGUUGCAUAAUU